GUUAAGCCUCGAGCCCAUUUGACCCCCGAUUCCUCAUUCUAAUAAUCUCACUCGCCAAACCAUUAGAAGAGAUGUAGCAUUCAGCUGAAGAUUACGUUUCUCCUACCAAAAUUUAAACAGCCCUUUUAAAUUUGUAACUUCAAAACUCUCUCUCUGGACACUAAUCUGUAUAUAACCACCAAUCAUAUCCAACCAAUUCCCAUCACCACAAAAUGGCAUCACUAUUAUGGGGUUGUAUUUUGGCUUACCUCUGCCUUCUACUAGCCAUUGCCAAUGCACAAUCACCGGCUGCCUCGCCUUCUAUUUUGCCGACGCCAGCAACGCCGUCCUCUAAACCACCGGCAGCAGCAACACUGCCACCCACAACUGCAGCAGCAACGCCACCCACGACUGCAGCAGCAACCCCUUCCGCAACCCCUCCUCCUAUAUCAUCACCAUCGCCUAAAAUUACACCAUCCUCAAGCCCACCUGUUCCACCCCCUAAAGUCCCACCACCAAGUCCACCUAUCUCAAGUCCUUCCCUACCACCAGCAUUGCCGCCACCACCAGUCGCUUCACCAAAACCACCGCCACCACCAGCUGUUUCACCAACACCACCGCCACUGCCACCUGCUUUACCUCCACCGCAGGUAUCGCCAACACCAGUCCAACUGCCACCAGCACCUGCCCCUACAAAAGCGACACCUGCACCGGCACCAGUGCCUACAUCACCGCCACCUACACCUGCACCCGCACCGGUUAUCCCGCCCCCAGCCCCAACACCAGAAGUACCCUCAACUGCUCCAGCUCCGGGCAAGCACAAACAUAAGAAACACAAGCACAAGAAGCAUCAUCAUCACGCACCAGCACCAGCACCAACGACAACUCUCCUAAGCCCCCCAGCACCACCUACAGUUACAACAGAUGAUACAACACCAGCACCAUCACCAUCUCAGAAUUUGAAUGGAGGGAUCCCGCAGCAUGGAGAAAGAUCCAGAAUGUGGAUGAGGACGGGAGUGGCUAUUGCCAUUCUGCUGGCUUUCAUGGGCUACACUAUUUAGAAACUAUUGGAUGAGUUAUGAUCUUAAAGCUCUACUUGGUUCUACUUGAAGAGAUGAUUUAUACAUGAAAAUGAUUCAAACUGUUUGUAGAUAUAGAAAAGAAUAAAACAAAAGAUGAUUCAAAAA